UGCAAGAUCACCACCGUUGAUAGCACGUUGCUACGCCCCUGCAUGUGUUCCAAAUGAAUCGUCGCCAUCUCUCCGUUUAAAAAUUUGGAUUUAUUGAAUGAGCGUCGGGAUACGACUGUCUGCCGGAAGAAUGUCCUCGGAAUGCCCAUCUCGGCAGAAACCAAUUAAAGGUCUCCUUUUCAUAAUGGUCAUCGGGCUCCGUAUCGGCGGCGUUUGUACGUUUUUAGACUUCACGGGUCUAUGGAGCUCAUGGGGCGAAUGGAGCGCGUGCAGCAAAAGCUGCGACAGCGGAGUCAGAUUCAGGGCCCGUCACUGCAUGACCGGAUCGACGUGUUCGUCCAACGAUGAUCUACUCCAACAGGAAAUGUGUCAGACUAGACCUUGUGCGGAAAACAUAGACGGCAGUUGGAGCGACUGGGCGCAUUGGGGAGAGUGUAGUGUAUCCUGCGAUUUGGGUUACAAACAACGCAUUCGCUCAUGUGACAACCCCGCUCCCCAGGGUUCGGGGCAUGGUUGCCAGGGAUCGGGUCGGGAGUUUGAUUCAUGCUCUGCAGGGGCAUGUCAGUCGGCUAUAGAUGGCGGCUGGACGGACUUUGUCGACAGUCAUUGCAGCACCACCUGCGGUCCCGGAGUUCUCGUGUCGACGCGCACGUGCACAAACCCUGCACCGCAGAAUGGCGGGAAAAAUUGCGAGGGCGAGAAAUUAGCCUUCCGGAAGUGCGAAAUCCGGGAGUGCACAGUCGAUGGCGCCUGGGGCGCGUGGUCGUUUUUUUCCCCAUGCGCGGUGAUCUGUGGUAGCGGCUACCGACACAGGACGAGGAGCUGCUCUAACCCGCCACCUAGCGGGGAAGGCAAAGACUGCCAGGGUGCAGCUGUGGAACGACUCGACUGCUCCAGUGCCGCUUGUCCGCCGGAUAUAAAAGUUUGCGACAAGGCAAGUCUCUUGGGUGCCGUCACGAAAUCGACGUCAUGUUCUACGUUAGCAUCGACCUCAUCAGCGUUAGAUACGCUCGUCAUUGAGACAUACUGUUCCGCAACUAAUGACACUACGAAAUGGAAGCUUGGAAUCGAGAUACAUAACAACUGCGAUUUGAUUCCAUUGUACACACCAAUCGGAGUUGUGCGUGCUGGCACUGCGCAUGUACUGCAAUACGGCGUUUUGGUAGAGUGCUAUGUCAACAAUUUACAAAUGGCGACCAAGAACUGCCACGAUGAAUUAAUCAUUGAAAACCAAGCAUUGGACGACACAACAAGAACUUAUCACAUGAUUUUAUUUGAAAAUUAGUGUAGAGAAAACUGUGCGCGAAAAAGGAAAAUAAAUGUGUUUCCCACCGAUCUAAUCACGUGCUAUUUAUAAGUUUAUUUACAUUUAAAGAUGAGAAAAAUUCGCUCCUGAUCAGUAAAAUAAAUAAGUUAUCCGUUGAUCGUUUGUACGUAAAAAGUGAUUGCCUUGAAAUAUGUAAUGUAAAGAAAAUUCUCGAGUCUUAAAAAUAAAUACAUAUGCCAUAGAUGUUAAACCUGCUUGUAUUUCAAACUUAACGACCGGAGAUUUUCAGCACUUGUAAGUAAAUAUGAAAGCAAUUA